UGCAAAAAACCGAAGGAGCGCGUGGUGCGGCACGCUAACUUUUUACGAUUAGCAAAAGCAAGUUAAAUCAGCCAAUUUAAGCCAAUAAAUUGUUCUCAUAGAUCAAUACUAGCCACAUUGACAUCAUGUCAGAGGGCAAUGCAACAAACAAUGAUAAUUCAUCGCCGGCGGCGCCAGCAGCUGGAGCUAUGGAUGAGGAUGAUGCCGCCGCCGUCGCGGCAGCCGCGGAUAUGGAGGCAAACAUGAUGGACGAUGCUUUCGCCAUGGCUGUGGCCUACCAGAGCGAUGAAGAUGAGCUUAACCCCACAGAUGAGCCAGCCGAUGAGAGUCACAGUGCCGAAAGUAAUCCCAGUGCGGAUGAACCCAACGCUGAUGCUGAUGAGGAGAUUGAGGCUGAUGCUCAAGCAGCUGAUGGUGCAGCUGCUGCUCAAGAAGGUGAAGAAGAUGCCAAUGGAAAUGAUGAGGAUAAUGCUGGCGAUCGUCGUUCUGCCACCAAAAGGGAAUUCACACAAAUUAUUGAGAAAUGGGAGCAAGAGCAGACCACAAAUGGUUACGACCCAUUGCCCACAUUAAAAAGCUUGGCAGAGAUCUUUGAGCGUGAAAAAGAUGCCUACAUGCGUAAAGAUCCGGAUCCAUUGGACUCCAGACAUCCCUACAGAGCUGAUCCCAGUUGUCUGUAUGGUUUACUACUCCGCCAGCUCUUCCGCAAAGAUCUGUUUAUGAAUAAGCUGCUCAACGAUUAUUUGCGUGAGAAUUACUUUACACGUCAGAAUGUAUCGCGCAGCUCCUUGGAGCUAAAUAUCCUAGCCUGUCGCUUGGUAUUGGAGGUGAUGCCCGGCCUGGAAACCACUGUGGUCUUUCAGGCUGCCGACGAUGAUGGAACAAUAAAUCGCCUUUACACUUGGGCCGAGGACAGCAUCGAGCCGCUACAGAGCUACGCCACUGGUCUUCUGGCCAUGGCCAUGGAGGUCAGUGAUAUAGCCAUAAACUACAGAGAUCAGAAUAUGCGUCUGGUGCCAAAGAUGAUAAAACGCCUGCACAUGCUGUUGGCCAUCAGUAAAAGUGCCGCCAACGAUGCUUCCACGUCAGUGGAUCCCAAUUCGUCCUCCAUAAGCUGGGUGGCUUGUGGCGCCUCGGCUCCGCAGUCACCCCAACAUAAUGGAAGUGGAUUAACCAGUUCCCUUCAUGCCGAUUCCUCGAAUAUGUCCAUACUAUUUGAGAAUAGCCGGGAUGCCUUUGCCACUUCGCAUUAUUAUCGGCGCAUGUAUAUCCCACUGCAUCCACCCACAGCCGAUACCAGCCAGAAGUUAAUCAUGCGCUAUCUAACCAGCUUGGGUGAAUAUCAAGAGUUCCUGGCCAUGGCCUUUGAGAAUAAUGUAAUGCAAUUGAUCUUUGGUUAUCUGGAGAAUCUUAAUCGUCGGGACACAUGCUUGGCCUACGAAGUCCUCAAGUAUUUGGCCUCUCUGCUGUGUCAUAAGAAGUUUGCCUUGGAAUUCAUAGCUCAUGGUGGGCUGGAGGUUCUGAUGAAAGUUCCACGUCCUAGUUUGGCUACAACUGGCGUUUCCAUAGCCAUUUACUAUUUAGCCUAUUGCGAGGAUGCCAUGGAACGUAUUUGCUCCAUGCAGCGUCCCAUUAUAUCAGAGUUGGUACGCUAUGCCCUCUGGAUAUUGGGACGUUGUCACAUGUCAUCCAAAUGUCAUGCCACCAUGUUUUUCAGCCUUAGUUUUCAAUUCAAAGUCAUUCUUGAUGAAUUCGAUGCCCAGGAUGGCCUUAGAAAACUUUACAAUGUGAUAUCAGUCCUUAAGAUCCUCGAUCCCACACACAAUGAGGGCAACAAUGAUUUGGACAUUAACGAUGAUGAGGAAUGUGCGUCACGCCAAAUGGUGCGUCAUGUUUGCGUAGCCCUCAAGCGUUACAUUGAAGCGCAUUUCUUCUACAAAUACAACAACUUCCUGUGCCAACAAUAUGCCUCGUCGUCGUUCUUCAGCCGCCAUCCGACGGUGGCCACCAAAUUGACAUUCGAUCAAUUGCACGAACAGAUCAGAACACUGCAAGAACACACCUCUGUGCGAGCCCACUGGGAGCCAGUGGAUCAGCUUAUGAAAUUGGGUGUGAUCACCAUGUUGCUGAGGAUUAUGGCUUUCAGCUACGAUUGGGUCAACAGUGGCCGAGCGGAAACGGUGCGCUCUGCCCUGGAUGUGCUGAGUGUCUGCUGUAUUAUACCCCGCGUCUAUAUUUUGCUGUGCGAACGGAUGCAAAUGCUUGAUAAUACCACAACCUCUGGUUUCUGUUCGGUCCUGGGAGCAGCAGCCGGUGAGAUAACCACCGAUGCGGAGGUCUUGAAAUCCGCUCUGGCCGUGCUCUGUCAUUGCGUGUGCUCGCCCAUUAUACGCAAAGAUGGUGGAAAUCAUCAUCUGAUCAAAUUCGGCAACUCCUCGCGAAAGAAUAAGGCCAAUCAAAAGUACGCCGAGGAGCUGAUUGAAAAAGUAUGGGAAUCUGUGUGUUCCAACAAUGGAAUAGUCGUUCUACUCUCCCUUAUGCAGACCAAAGGACCCAUUACCGAUGCGGAUUGCAUACGAGGCAUGGCCUGUCGUGCUCUAGCUGGACUGGCCCGAUCGGAUCGUGUACGGCAAAUUGUCAGUAAACUUCCACUCUUUGCCAGUGGCCAAUUGCAGACUCUUAUGAAGGAUCCCAUACUGCAGGAGAAGCGGGCCGAGCAUGUAAUCUUUCAAAAAUAUGCCCUCGAACUGCUGGAGAGGAUUUCGGGCAAGACCAAGCCGCUGAACAAUCCAUUGGAUCCCUCUCUAACGAAUAUGCACAAGGCCAAUGUGAUAGCUCAGACGCGGAUUCAGUACAAUGACAAGCAGCUCUUUCAGUUGAUUUUUGAGCAUCUGGAGAGCAAGGGAUUGCAGCAGACAGCACAAAUGCUGCAGAAGGAAGUGGGUUUGCCUCUCCAAGCGCCGACUCCAAGGAAUUUCCAUCAAUCUCCAUUCGACUAUAAGACUUUGCCCGGUAGUAGUGGCUCCAUAUCGCGUCAUCGUUUGAGAUCCCGCAUGCAGGAUGUCAAUGCCGCCAUUAUGGGCAUCACAGAUGAAGCCUCUCCCAGUGCCGGUGUGGGCGGCAUACCGAAUUUCAGUUACUUGCCCACCUCUUCCACGAGCAGCCAGACACCGAUUAAGCUGAGGAAAACAGAACGCAUGACUUUGAAUUCUUCAUCGUCCAGCUCAUCGAUAGGCCGUUCCCUGCAGAAACAUUUCACAGAGCCAUCGGGAGUGGGUCCUGGAGCCAUUAGCCUGCCCGAUGAGGAGUUCAUCACCCAAAAAAGAAUCACUUUGAAUACCAUUGUAACGGAAUAUCUAACCAAUCAGCAUUCGUUGUGCAACAAUCCAGUUACCACCUGCCCCCAGUUCGAUCUGUUUGAGCCCCACAAAUGUCCCGAUCCACGACCUAGUCGCCUGCUCAGCUCGAACUACAAUCUGACCAGCAGACAUUUUCGUACUCAAGCCGGUUUCGACACAGGACGCUACGAUCGACGACAUGUCCACACUCAUUUCGCUCCCUGGCGCACUCUGCGUUCGGCCGACUACGAGGAAUUGGAAUUCAAUUGCUGUGAUCUGGUGGGCAAAUACAUUAUUGUUGGCACCCAACAGGGACAUGGCAGAGUCUUCAAUAUGAACGAUGGCAUCGAACAGUUCUCGAUGAAUUGUCACAACUUCAGUGUGGAUGCCAUUAAAGCAAAUCGGGCUGGAGAUUUGGUUCUAACCACAAGUCUCUGGCGUACUCCCACAAGCAUAUUGUGGAAUAUUGCGGAUAAUGAAUUCAAAUCCAAAUUGAGGCUAACUGAAGUCACCUACUGUGAGUUUAGUCACACAUCUCAGGAUCGUUUGCUGGGCACACAGAAUGAGAGUGCAUCUUUGUUUGAUAUUAAUACCGGGACCAAAGUGUCUACUUUUACACCAACCAUACCCAAUCAAUAUACCAAAAAUCGAGCCACACUCUGCCGCACGGAUGAGCUCUUGCUGUCGGAUGGCGUCUUGUGGGAUGUGCGUUCUGGCAAGGAAAUUCAUAAAUUUGAUAAGUUUAAUCAAUGUAUAUCGGGAGUCUUCCAUCCAAAUUGUCUGGAGAUUAUUGCCAAUACUGAGGUCUGGGAUUUGCGCACAUUUCAUUUACUCCAAACUGUACCUGUGUUGGAUCAGCGUAAUUGCACCUUCUCACCCAUGCAUGUUAUAUAUGGUGCCAGAUUGGGUGCCGACAGGGAUGAGGUUAUGGAGACAUAUGAUACCAGCUUUAAUGUAUUGGAUGCCUAUGACUACUCUAGCAUAGCCACAAUCGAUGUAAAGAGGAAUAUCAAUGACUUGAGUGUUAGUGCCAAUGGCAGUCUGAUUGCCGUAGUGGAGGAUCAUACCAGUUAUGACUCGAAGCAGGAGACUUAUGUGAAGAUCUAUGCGGUGGGCGUGAAGAAGAGUGAACGUUCGGAAGAGGAAGAUGAUGAAGAGGUGCCCGAUUCUGAUGAGGAGGGUUCCGAUACUGGUUCCGAAAAUGCCUUUGCUUUAGGUCCCAAUUUCUUGGGUUUUCCGCUCCGUAGUCAUCGUAAUCUAAACUUCAACAUGGGCUCCUCAAGUGACGAUGAGGAUGACGAGCUCAACGAUCUGCUCGAGGAUACGGAUGACGGCGACGACGACGACGAUGAGGAUGACAAUGAUGACGACGACGAUGGCGGCGGCGACGAUGAUGAUGACAAUCCAUCCGAUGUCGACUUGGAAUUUGAAUUUAGUGAUUUUGAUUGAUUGUUACUGGCUCCGAGUUCGUGUCCACUUCGUUCCCACCAACCCGACGUUACAUUUGUUCGCUUCCUUGUUGCCCUUGCGUUUGCCAUGCGACUGCAAAAAUCUGCUAACUUCAAUAUCUACAUAUAUAGAAACGGAUAGUUCAUAAGCAUCUUUUUUUGUUUCAUUUAAAUUACUUUAAACAAUGUUGUGUUUGCAAAUUUAUAUAAGAGAAAGAGAAGGAAACAACAAAAAGAAAAUAACCAAACCGACUG